AUGGGCAAUGUGAACGCCAACGAGUGCCUCUGCGAGGCCACUGACAACCACGAAGUCCUCUUCGACGAGAUGGAUUCGGCGACGGUUUGGAUCAACAUCUACGACCUGAAUCAAGACUGGCUCACCGCCAACGACGUUGGAGCCAACGUUCUCCACGUGGGAGGCGCCUUCCACGCGGCGGUGGAAGUGUUUGGCCGAGAGUGGUCCUACGGCAGCGACGAGGGCAUCUCGAGGAGCGAACCGCGGAAGCACGACGUGCACGUCUAUCGCAACAGCGUUGGGCUUGGUGCGACGUUGAAGACAGAGGCACAGGUGGAGCAACUUGUGGAGGAGAUGCGACAUCGAUGGCAUGCCGGCGACUAUGACAUACUAUACCACAACUGCUGCAGCUUUGCGGAUGAGUUCGGCAUGGAGCUCACCGGACGUGGCCUUCCGGGGUGGGUCAACAGAUUGCCCCGGCUGCUCUCCAAUGUCGAUGUGGAGCAUGUGGUGUCGAAAGCCGUGUCGCGAGCCGUUUCGCAAGUUCAAGAUGGGGAGGAGAGCCAAAAGUUCAUCUCCCGCGAGCCGAGCCUGGAGACUGUGACUACCAUGGACCCAGAAGGGGAGGGAAGCAGAGCAUGA